AUGAAUACUAAUGUCAUAAUAUCUCCAUCUCAACAUCAAUUGGCUAAAGGAGUUUGUGUUGUCAUUGAUGUUUUAAGAGCCUCAUCAGUUGAGGCACAUUUAUUUUUGUGUAAUGCUCAAAAAAUUAUUCCACAAAGUGACAUUGAGACAAGUUUACAAACUAAAAAAGAUCAUCCAGAAGUUUUAUUGAUAGGAGAAAGACAGGGAAUUAAAUAUGAUGGUUUUGAUUUUGGUAAUUCACCAACAGAAUUAAUAAAUAAUAAAGAAAAAAUAAGAAAUAAAAUUUGUAUUCAUAACACUCAACAAGGAACUCAAUCACUGGUUGUUUGUAGAAAUAAUCCACAAGUUACCAGAGUGUUUAUGUGUAGCAUUAAUAAUUGUCAAGCAACAAUUGAAUAUUUAAAAGCACUCCAUCCUCCUUUUGUAACGUUUGUAGCUUCUGGAAAUGAAAUAACAUGUAGAGAAGAUUUGUUAUAUGGUCGUUAUUUAGAAGCGUUAUAUCUAGGAAAACAACCAGAAAUGACUUUAGAAGAAAUGAUAGAAGAUAUAAAACAUUCUUCAGGAAGUAAAUUCUUUAAAGGAUUACCUCAAUUCCCUGAGGCUGACUUUUAUGAGUGUUACAAACUUAAUUCAAUCAAUGUAGUUAUGGAGUAUGUGAAUGGAGAAAUACGUCAAGUAAAUUAA